CAGACAGGCAAGCAGCUAGACAUCUAGUUAAGGCUUAGUCCAACUCCAAGGUUCCAAUUCCAAAAAAGAAAACCUCGAAUUCCAAACAACGUAGCUAUCUCCGAAGUUGAGCAGCCGAGGAUUUCAAAGGGACAGCCAUGGCGACUCCAAACCCUAUAGCAGGAUCUGGAACCAACCCUCCAAAGAUAAUCUGGAAUGAUGCCCAACGGAGGUUCGAAACAGAGGACAAGAAGGCAUAUCUUCAGUACGUCAUCAAAAAUCAAGGUAAAGUCAUCGAUAUGAUUCACACUUUCGUUCCUUCUUCCAAAAGGGGUUUGGGAUUGGCUUCUCAUCUCUGCGCCGCCGCCUUCAAUCACGCCGCCGCUCAUUCCUUGGCCGUCGUUCCCUCCUGUUCUUACAUUUCCGACACCUUUCUCCCGAGGAACCCAACUUGGAACCAUCUUUUAUACUCUGAAGACAAGAAAUCAAACCUGUAAGCAACCUCGUACUAUGUUUAUAAAUUUGUCUGUGUUAAUCAUUAGAUCAGUCACAGAUGCUCCUUGUGCACGUGCGCGUGCGCGUGCGUGUUCUUCGAGAAAGUCGACCUACCGCUUAUAUUACUACAUUUAGGAUGAACUGAUCUGCUUGAUCUAUCAAAUAAAUUUACAACAACAUAAAUGUGUUUCCCUGCAUAUACCAAGUGCAAAUGGAUCUGUAUGUUCCCAAAUUGAAUGGUUUGAGUAUGUUAUGCUGUAUAUUGUAAAACUUGAAUAAAUGCCUUGAUUUGUGGCGUGUAAGUGUAUACGACACUAACACGAGCAUAGCUAAAUUCGUUAAGGCAUA